UAAAAUGUUUAUUGGAGGCUUGAGCUGGGAUACAAGCAAGAAAGAUCUGACUGAGUAUUUGUCUCGAUUUGGGGAAGUUGUAGACUGCACAAUUAAGACAGAUCCAGUCACUGGAAGAUCAAGAGGAUUUGGAUUUGUGCUUUUCAAAGAUGCUGCUAGUGUGGAUAAGGUUUUGGAACUGAAGGAACACAAACUGGAUGGCAAAUUGAUAGACCCCAAAAGGGCCAAAGCUUUAAAGGGAAAAGAACCCCCUAAAAAGGUUUUUGUGGGUGGAUUGAGUCCAGACACUUCAGAAGAACAAAUUAAGGAAUACUUUGGAGCCUUUGGAGAGAUAGAGAAUAUUGAGCUCCCCAUGGAUACAAAAACAAAUGAAAGAAGAGGAUUCUGUUUUAUCACAUACACAGACGAAGAGCCAGUAAAGAAAUUAUUAGAAAGCAGAUACCAUCAAAUAGGUUCUGGGAAGUGUGAAAUCAAAGUUGCACAACCCAAAGAGGUAUACAGGCAGCAACAGCAACAACAAAAAGGUGGCAGAGGUGGAGCGGCUGGUGGAAGAGGUGGUACGAGGGGACGUGGAAGAGGUCAGGGCCAAAACUGGAACCAAGGAUUUAAUAACUAUUAUGAUCAAGGAUAUGGAAAUUAUAAUAGUGCCUAUGGUGGUGAUCAAAACUAUAGUGGCUAUGGCGGAUAUGAUUAUACUGGGUAUAACUAUGGGAACUAUGGAUAUGGACAGGGAUAUGCAGACUACAGCGGUCAACAGAGCACUUAUGGCAAGGCAUCCAGAGGGGGUGGCAAUCACCAGAACAAUUACCAGCCCUACUAAGGAGGACAUGGGAAAAAGCAGCGGGAACUUCAUUGCAGGCCGUGUGUCACCCUGACCACGUCUAUCUCUGGGGGUCGCACGUUGCGGGCAGAGCGCAAGGCAUACACCAGAAAACGCUGUCCUGUGGUAUGGUCUCUUCCAACUUCAUGUACCAGCGUAAAGAUUAAAGUGGAAAACUUCAGACUUUGGCUUCUUUUUAAUCUUUUUGGAGAUUAAGUGUCUAAACUUAACUUAAAUGGUUUUUUGCAGGAGUUAAAGUACAUAAAUGCCUUUUUACAGCUUAAUCAUUUUGGUCUUCUGUUUAGUGUUGUAUUUCAAUUGUGGAGCCUCAUUUAAGUGUCCAUUCUUUAAGAUUUAAUGCUUGCUUUUUCUUUUUAUAGCUAAUAGUGAAAUCUACAAAGCAAAACAAGAACUUUUAAAUCUGGGAUAUAAGUUAAAGAUCAUAUGCACAAAGCAAUUCGUUGUCGUUUUGAUAAUAUAAACCUGCCUGAAAUUUGUGUUGGUGAUAGCAUUCUAUUGGCUUACUAGAGCUAUGCUUCUAGUUGGCCUUCAUCUGCUAGGCUUGUAACUAUGGGAAGAUUGCAUUCCUGUGUUCGAAAGUAAAUCCACUUAAUAUCAUUUGGGAACUCCACAUGAUUUUUUUCAAAUACUCAAACUACAUUUUGUCACUGAAUAUGCAUGUGAUCUUUAAUUAUUGAAGAAAAGAAUAAAGUGAGGACUUAAAACAAUUCAUGAAAGUGGACCUUUGCAAGCUUGUGAGGAUUGCACACAUCUAACAGUUGUUUUGUUUUUGUUUUAGGGGGUGUAAAGAAAACCAUCUUACAGGACAGACAUUGAAGAUUGCUUGAUCUUCUGUUGACCUAAGAUGAUUAUUUUGUAAAAGACUUUCUAGUGUACAUGACACAAUUGUGUCCAACUGUAUAUAGCUGCCAAUUAGUUUCUUUGUUUUUACUUUGUCCUUUGCUAUCUGUGUAUUGACUCAAUGUGGAUUUGUGUUUAUACAAAUUUUUAUUUGUAUGAUUCAUGUUAAACCUCAAAUAAAUGCUUCCUUAUGUGAUUGUUUUUCUGCGUCAGGUA